GAUGCAUUGUGCGCAAGGGAAGAAUUUGCGGGCUCUAUCUCACUGCGCGUGGGAAAAAGUGGUGCAGACAAGAGCAGUGUAGGCUACGUAGAACACGAUCGUUGCAGCGCCAUCAUGUUGAAACACAGCAGUCUAAAGUCGCUUUGUGCAUCGGUAAUCCGCUCAAAUGUCACGAUGCAGCAGGAGUUGACCGAUCGGGCCUAAUCCAUGCAAAUUGUUUGAAGGUAUCGAGCAGAGGGACCAGUAGGAUAAAGAUGGUGAAGCGGAAUGUUACGCGAUCUACCAGUUCCUAGUCAUGUACAGGCAGUGCUUUGAGUGGUGUCUCCUAGGAGACGGAAGGACCAUGUUCUAAAGGUAAACAGACCACAGCAGAGUGAUGAGCUACAAGCAGCAGGGGGAGGGGCUAGGUGAUGCUAUCUUGGAGGAGCAUAAGGCUUCACCUGCUUCCAGAAACCGGCAGCCCAAUAGCACAGGGGGAGAAGGGGUCCCUGUCCGGAGAAGUUGGAGACCCUGCCAAAUGCUCGGUCAGGAUGGGCAGGAACAUCAUCACCACCAUCAUCCUCCUAUUCCGCACCAAGGCUCGGGCCGCGGCCCUGCACGGUACCGUAGACGAACUCCCUCAGGGCAGGGCCCAUCCAGACAGUGGGAGGGAGCAGACAUGGAGCCUCCUCGCCACACCCAGCCGCCUCGCCCUGGCGCGGCCCGCUACCGCCGCCAGGGAGAGCCCAGGGUUAGAGUUCACAGACAGAGACCGCCGACGAGAGAUGGCCAAGACACCCACGCCCUGCCGUUUCAACAGCAACGGUCAUCUGGCGCUCCCCUGACUGAACAGAGGGACAUGACUGGUCCCGCAACAAUGAAGCAGCAGCACCCCCCACACUCCUGUCCACCCCACCACACACAGAACAGUAGAGCACCUGACCUUACUGCUGGUACCUCUCCUACCCCCACACACCACACACCAUGUCCUACUGCCCCUGAUCCCCCUUCCCAAGACCUGCAUCAAACCCUUCCCAACAUAGAGUCUCCCCAACCUCAGGAGGAAGAGGAGGAAGGGUACAGCUCAUCCAUAACGCAGUCUGUUAGUACUCAAAGUGGAUUUGACAACCAGACAGACCUAGAGAACCAGAGGGAGGGGGGCCAUGGAGAGGGGGAGACCGGUCUGGGAGAAGAAGACAGCAGCGAGAGGGAUCUGGUAGAGGAUGAUCAGGAAGAUGGAACUAAUGAGUACUGUUCUGACACUGAGAGUGCUGCCUCGCUAAGCAUGGAGGCUCCGCCCCUGAGUUCACCUCCUCACCAAUCACCAUUCUUGCCCCCUCCACUUCAGUCUGAGAACUCGGACCAAUAUAGUGACGAGUUUAGCCCAAGUCCCACCUAUGAAAAUGACAUAAUGCCUGAUGAUGAGAGCUACACUGAUUCUCCACUGUCCCACCCCAAAUCCUUCACCUUCAGAGACUCGUAUCCUAAGACCUAUGCAGAAUUCUAUAAUGAGUCCUACCCACAGUCAGAAUCUAUCACAGAAUCCAACACAGAGCCCUACGCAAAAUCCUACCCUCAGUCUUUCCCUGCACCCUUGAAAUGGAUUAAUUAUCCAGACAGGAGAUCUGAGGCUGACCCUGAUGAGCCAUAUUCAGAACUUCACCCAGGUUCCUGCAGUCGUAGACAGAGCGAGCAUGUUUAUAAGGGAGCUACAGACACUGAACCCCAACCCCGUGACUCCUGGCCAGGUAGGGAUGUGGGGUUACCACAGACCAGCCCCCAUUGGCAGGGACGCUCAGUCGGCUCAAGGCUACACCACUACAAUGACACUACGUCUGAUGGGGAGGACGACAGCCUCAAAGAAAGCCCCAGAUCCCAAAGCCUGGGGCCACCUCCCUGGAACGUGCAAGGUGAAGCCCAGUCAGAGCGUCCCAGCUCUGGGCAGCCUGGUUCAGGUGAGUUCCAGGAUGAGCAGGCCGGGAUGGAGCUCCGACCUCCAGCGGAAGGCCUUUCAGAGGACAGUGUCACAGGCUCAGGAGAUGCUAUCUCUCUGGCCAUCAGGGACAUCCGAGAGGCCAUAGAGGAGGUGAAGACAAAGACGGUGCGCUCGCCCUACACUCCUGACCAGCCCAUAGAGCCUGUGUGGGUGAUGAGACCGGAGGUCAGUCCUAAUGAGGACGAAUCCUCCCCAGAGCAUCCACCGGGUGGCGAACCUGUCUCUCAGUCUCCUUCACACUAUAACCCAGUCCCAGCCCGAGUUCCCUCCCCUGUCCAUGUUCCAGUACCAGCUCCAGCCCCAUCUCGAGUUCCGGUGCCAGUCCCAGAGCAUGUCUGUCCUGUGAGGGUAGAGUCCUCCAGAACACACCAGGAUCAGCAGAGGGAGCAUAGAGAACAGAGGGAGCCGCCUAGGCCACCAUCCAUUGAGGAGAUCCAGAGGCAUAUGCCGUCCUUCCCUACAUACGUGGAAGUCCCAGGGCCAUGUGACCCAGAGGACCUGAUUGAUGGCAUCAUUUUUGCAGCCAGCUACCUGGGCUCCACCCACCUGCUGUCAGAGAGGACUCCCACUAAGAGUGCCCGCAUGCAGCAGGCCCAGGAGGCUAUGAGCCGUGUCAGGACUGGACAAAAGCAAGCUAAAAACAGAAAGAAGACUGGGGGGGAGAUUCCUUCUUCCACUGAAGUGGAUCUCUUCAUGUCUACACAGAGGAUCAAAGUGCUGAAUGCAGACACUCAGGCGUCCAUGAUGGACCUGCCACUGAGGACCAUCUCCUACAUCGCCGACAUAGGCAACAUGGUGGUGCUGAUGGCCAGGGGGAAGAUGGUACGCUCCAGGAGCGCUCAGGAACAUCUGAACCAUACAACUGACCACACCAACAGCCCUGCCCGCGACGACCUCCCCCAGUACAGGAUGGUCUGCCACGUGUUUGAGUCGGAGGAUGCCCAGCUCAUAGCCCAGUCUAUUGGCCAGGCCUUCAGUGUGGCGUACCAGGAGUUCCUGCGGGCCAAUGGCAUCGACCCAGAGGACCUGAGUCAGAGGGAGUACAGCGACCUGCUCAACACUCAGGACAUGUACAACGAUGACCUCAUCCACUUCUCCAAGUCAGAGAACUGCAGAGAUGUUUACAUAGAGAAGCAGAAGGGAGAGAUGCUGGGCGUGGUCAUAGUGGAGUCAGGCUGGGGCUCUAUUCUGCCCACCGUCAUCAUUGCUAGCAUGAUGCAUUUUGGGCCUGCGGAGAAGUCUGGUCGACUCAACAUUGGUGACCAGCUCAUGACCAUCAAUGGAACCAGUCUGGUUGGACUGCCCCUCUCCACUUGCCAGAGUAUCAUCAAGGGUCUGAAGGCCCAGUCCAAGAUUAAGUUGAACAUCGUCAGGUGUCCCCCCGUCACUAUGGUGCUGAUCCGCAGACCAGACCUCCGAUAUCAGCUGGGCUUCAGCGUACAGAAUGGCAUUAUCUGCAGUCUGAUGAGGGGGGGCAUUGCUGAGAGAGGAGGGGUCCGUGUCGGUCAUCGCAUCAUUGAUAUCAACGGUCAGAGUGUGGUGGCUACACCUCAUGAGAAGAUUGUUCAAGUCCUGUCUAAUGCAGUGGGAGAGAUCCACAUGAAGACGAUGCCUGCAGCCAUGUACCGUCUAUUGACUGCCCAGGAACAGCCGGUCUACAUCUGAGACUUGCUCUCUCUCCCUGGACAAAACUCUCCAUUCCAGUUCACAUCAAGGGGAUUUUACUUCGGUUUUUAUUUAAUUACAUUCAUCAGCCACGUAUUUGAUUUUCACAUCACUGUUUGCUUAAAAUCAAAGUAUUUUCAUGCCACUCCGCACUGACUUGCCUUAAUCUGAACC